UCCCGAAGCUGCGCGGCCUGCGCGUCCCGGUUGCCCUGGCAACGCGGCUGUGGCUUAGUCUCUCCGGAGUUCUGCAGCGGCUGUGGGGUUGGGGCUCCAGAAGGCUGCACACUGCGUCGCCUAAGGCUGUGCUGGGCAAUGCUGCAAUCAAGAACGCUACCUUAGGCCGCUUUAACCGAAAUGGAAAAGUAUGAAAAACUAGCUAAGAUUGGAGAAGGGUCUUACGGAGUUGUGUUCAAAUGCAGAAACAAGUCCUCUGGACAAGUAGUAGCAAUCAAAAAGUUCACAGAAUCCGAGGACGACCCUGUGGUUAAGAAAAUAGCACUGCGAGAAAUACGUAUGCUGAAGCAGUUGAAACACCCAAACCUUGUGAACCUCAUCGAGGUGUUCCGAAGAAAGAGGAAGAUGCACCUGGUAUUUGAGUACUGCGAUCACACACUGUUACAUGAGCUGGAGAGAAACCCGAAUGGAGUUCCUGAUGGAGUUAUCAAAAGUGUACUGUGGCAAACCCUUCAAGCCCUGAACUUCUGCCAUAAACAUAAUUGUACUCAUCGGGAUGUGAAACCUGAAAACAUCCUAAUAACCAAGCAAGGAAUGAUAAAGAUUUGUGACUUUGGAUUCGCACGAAUCCUAAUUCCUGGAGAUUCCUACACAGACUACGUUGCCACCAGGUGGUACCGAGCCCCUGAACUUCUCGUGGGAGACACGAAAUACGGUUCCUCCGUGGACAUUUGGGCUGUCGGCUGUGUUUUUGCAGAGCUCCUGACGGGUCAGCCACUCUGGCCAGGAAAAUCGGAUGUGGACCAACUUUACCUGAUCAUCAGAACGCUGGGAAAACUCAUCCCAAGGCAUCAAUCCAUCUUUAAAAGUAACCAGUUUUUCCGCGGCAUCAGCAUACCUGAACCAGAAGACAUGGAGACUCUUGAAGAAAAAUUCUCAAAUGUUCAGCCUGUGGCUUUAAGUUUCAUGAAGGGCUGUCUAAAGAUGAGCCCAGAUGAGAGGCUGACCUGUGCCCAGCUGCUGGACAGUGCUUACUUCCAUUCUUCCCGAGAGGACCAAACGAAAAGCAAAGGCCGCAGUGAGGGGAGAAGCAGACGGCGGCGUCAGCAGAAUCAACUGUUGCCUCUUAUACCUGGAAGCCACGGCUCCCCCACACCCGAUGGAAGAAAACAAGUCCUCCAGUUAAAAUUCGAUCAUCUUCCAAACAUUUAGGGAACCUGUUCCUCCCAGGGCAUUCAUUUAA